AUAGAGAUGUACAGAAGCAAACAUUUGUAGUUAAAAAGUAUUGUAAGUAUAUAAGUAUUGUUUUGUUUCUCAAAAUAAUCAAUCGUUUGCGUUCAGAAGAACUUUAUUUGUCGACUGGAGUCGUGUGGAUUAUUUUGAUGCACCCUAAAUAUGCAUUUUGGACCGUCAAAAAAUGGAGGACAUUCACUGGCAUUGUUUAGAGGAGGAGGCCUGAAAUGAAAUCCUAAAAGUCUUAAAUUCUGUUUUGAUGAAGAAAGAAACUCAGAUACAUCUUGAAUGGCCUGAGGGUAAUGGAGAGGAUCCCGUUGAGUAUGGGCGGCUUGCGAACCCUGCCGUGGUAUGUGGCUGUUUCUCAAGUGGUGGGGGUGGCGUGCGUGGUGAUCACAGGUGUGUGGAUGGGACAUUACCGUGGAGGCUACGCCUGGGACGGCUCACUAAAUGAGUUUAACGUUCACCCACUCUGCAUGGUCCUCGGCCUGGUCUUCCUGUAUGGAGAUGCUGUGCUGGUUUAUCGCGUCUUUAGAAAUGAGAGUAAACGUUCUGUGAAAAUUCUCCAUGCUCUGCUACAUGUGAUGGCCCUCAUCAUCAGUGUUGUGGGUCUAGUGGCUGUAUUUGACUUCCAUGCGACUGCUAAGAUUCCCGACAUGUACUCUCUUCACAGCUGGUGUGGCAUGCUUACCUUUGUUCUGUUUUUCCUGCAGUGGUUGUUGGGACUGGGCUUUUUUGUGUUCCCCUGGGCAUCUGCUCAAAUAAGGAACUGGUAUCUACCACUCCACGUCUUUUUUGGCCUGUUGCUGCUGGUCAUGUCUGUGGGAACCUGUCUGCUGGGCAUUACAGAGAAACUGCUCUUCAGUAUCAUGCCGACCUACUCCAAGUUUGCCACAGAGGGGGUUCUGGCAAACAUCUUAGGUUUGCUGCUGGUGUGCUUUGGGGUUAUGGUGGGUUACGUGGUGACGAGAGAAGAUUUCAGGCGACCACCAAAUCCAGAAGAGGAGGUUCUGUCCGUGCACUUUAAGACCCUGUCAGAAGGAGAAAUUCCCAGCUCUCCUUAAAGUCUAAAUAUGCAUUCCAAAAACUGCCUUAAACUCUUUCAGGAGAAACUGUAAGAGAGUUUAAUGUUGGACGCCCCCUUGUGUCAUAUAAAAGUUAUGACAGGAUUUAGCCACAGCAUCGAAGUCUGUUAAAUUGCCAAUAUGUACUGUACAAAACCCUUGACUGUAGCUUACACAGUGUACUGUGUUUGAGUGUGUGUGUGUGUGUGUGUGUGUGUGUGUCUGUGUAUAUAUAUAUAUAUAUAUAUAUAUAUGCAGGUGCAUCUCAAAUUAGAAUGUCGUGGAAAAGUUCAUUUAUUUCAGUAAUUCAACUCAAAUUGUGAAACUCGUGUAU